AUGUCACAAUAUCAUCGAAAUGGCCGUCGUCCGCAUCAGAGAAACAGGAACAGUAACUACAACUACAACAGUUAUAGCGGUCCCAGAUUCGACAAGUCGCACUUCAAACACCAGCGUGAUGAUGAUCAGAUUGCUCCUAGCAGCGUCUCCGCCUCAACCCAAAAACUGCAGCAAUGGGCUUUGGCGACUGCCGACCUGAUACAACAGCCCAACAAGCGGCACAAAUCGCGUCUAAUCGAGGACGAGAUACGGGAGCGCAUUCAGCAAAGAUAUGAGUGUCCAGAGGAGUAUCGCGCAACGCCCUCGGAGAACAGCAAUUCACCGAUGAAGGACCGGUCGGUCAUCGAUCUUACUGGGGAUGAUGAACCUUUCUCCAGCUUGAAGUCCGGAGCCACCAACAAGCGCCCCCGCUCCCCAUCGCCCACAAGACCCACUCCACGUGCCGACCUCAGCAAAGCAGGCUACGUCCGGUCCGUCAAGCGGGCUCGUUCAAGGUCGCCCUCCCGGAUGACAUCUGCCUACUCUGCUUCUACCCUCCACGCCCGCCAGACGGAAGAGGUCAGUAUGAGCGGGGAUGAGGACAAUUCUGACUGCUACUACCAAUCGAGCGAGUGGAGCUUCCCAAGCAGCGAUGAGGAAGUUGACGAAAACAGAUGA